AUGGCAACCAGUGGUCCAAGAAGAGUCCUAUGAGUGGCAGAAAAACACUCUGUUGCAAGAGGAAUCGCAACAAUAUUAUCCAAUGGGAGAUUUCAAUUUGGAAAAUCAUACUCAAAAUUUAACCCUGUUAUGAAUUUCUAUAGAAACGAUAAUGAGAUUUAUACAGUUACUUCAGUCUCUGGCCAUGUGAAGGGAUAUAAAUUCCCUGAAAAGUACUCAGACUGGGCAAAUACUCCCUUAGAUGAGCUAUUUGAUGCCCAACUUGAGAAAGAUAUCCUCCCAUCUUCAAAAUUCACAGCUACUUCCUUGAAAAGAAUUUGAAAAGACUAUGAUGAGCUAAUCCUCUGGCUAGAUUGUGAUAGAGAGGGAGAAAAUAUUGCAUUUGAUGUGCUUGAUAUUAUACAAAAUGAAAACCCUUCCAUUGAUAUUUAUAGAGCAAAGUUUUCUGCAGUCACACCUAAGGAUGUUACGAACGCAAUGAAUAGCCUUGAAAGACCAAAUAAAAAUCUUUCUAAUGCUGUGAAUAUGAGACAAGAAAUUGACUUAAAGCUUGGAGCAACUUUCACUAGAUUUCAAACUCUUAAUUUUAGUAAGUACUCACCAGGGAUUCGAAACCAAGUUCUCAGUUACGGACCGUGUCAGUUUCCAACCCUCGGACUUGUAGUUGAUCGCUUUAAAGAGAUCAAUAGCUUUGUCCCAGAGCAAUUCUGGUCUCUCAAAUUAACAAAGAGGUUCAAAAUUGAUGGCAAAAUGAAGACUGUCAAAUUCCAUUGGAAGAAGGAGAGAAUCUACGACGAACAAGAAUGCGAAGCAAUUUUUGAAGAAAUCAAGAACAAUAAAAAUGGAGUUAUCAGCUCUAUUACAAAAGAAAAGAAGUUCAGAAGAAGGCCAGAACCUUUAAAUACGAUUGGAUUGCAAAAGCUGCUCUCUAGGGAGUUCAAUCUUGACUCGAAGGUCACAAUGGAAAUUGCAGAGAAAUUGUAUAAUAUGGGAUAUAUCAGUUAUCCAAGAACAGAGACGACCAUAUUUUCUAAAACUAUCAAUCUUAGACCUUAUAUCCAGGAGCAAAUGAAGCACCCUGAAUACAGUGAAUUCGCUGAGAAAAUAAACUCAGGAGAACUUUGGGGUGGGCCUGUAAAAGGAAAACUUGAUGAUAAGGCACAUCCUCCUAUACAUCCUGUAAAGUAUCAUUCUGAUGACCCAAAGCUUGAGCCACUUCAUGUGAAGGUGUAUGAUUUCAUAGUGAAACACUUCUUGGCAUGUGUAUCUAAAGAUGCUGUUUACAAUCACACCAAAAUUACAGCUAAAUUUGAUGAGGAAGAGUUCAUUGCUUCUGGCAAUGAAAUCCUUGAGCAAAAUUAUCUAGAGAUCUAUAAUCCAUAUAAAUUCUCAGAUUCAAUGAUUGGAGAUGUUGAGGAAGGAAGAAGCAUUACUCCUGCUGGACUAAAAAUGGAGGAGUCUUCAACCCAGCCUCCUCCAUUUCUAUCAGAAAGUGCUCUGAUUACUCUUAUGGACAAGCAUGGAAUUGGAACCGAUGCCACUAUUCAUGAGCACAUUAGUAAAAUUCAAAUGAGAGGGUAUGCUAUUAAGGAAUUCAACAUGUUCAAGCCAACUCCCAUUGGAUAUCAUCUUCUUGAAGCUUACAGCAAUUUUGGAUUUGAACUAGGAAAACCAGAAAUUCGAGCAGAUAUGGAAAGAGAUAUGAAAAAGAUUGCAGAGGGUGAGGUAAAAGAUGUUCAGAAAAUUGUUGACAAGCAUCUCAACAAAAUGAGAAAAGUCUUACAUGAAGUGGAAAAUAAGAAGGAUAAAAUGGAAAAAUAUCUUGGAAAACAUCUAGUAUCAACAGAAAACAAAGAAGCAAAGCUAGCGCUUCUCAAGAAGACUGACUUCAUGACUUGCGACAAGUGUAAAUAUGACAGUUUGAUUGUAAGAUAUUCAAGAAGAGGCCAACUCUUCGUUGCUUGUGAAGGGUUUCCAUCAUGUAGAAACACCAUGAACUUACCAGAGGGUAUUAAGUUCAUUAAAAAGACUAAAAAGGUUUGUCCAGAAUGCGAGAAGAACAACAAAGGCCCUGUUCAUAUCAUGAAGCUUCAAUUCUCUCAAGACUUCCUCAAAGACCCUGAGAUCUCAGCUCUGCUGGAUGGAAAAGACUCAAUCGACAUCUGUAUCUGCAAAAAUUGCGAUGCUAGGAUGAAAAGACUGAUCACCCUAUGCCGUAGGCAGAAUGGGAAACUUACUCGCAAGCACACCUUCAUCACGGACUAAACCUGAUUAGCUGUUUAUUCAACUCAAGGGUUAA